UCAAUAUUUUAUAGUGUAACAAUUGUGAACAAGCGUACUUUAACAAAUACAAUAAAGUGGUAUAAGGAUCGCAUAGCAAAGAUGAAGCUGCAGGUUCGAUCCAAAGUUGGGAAGUUGUAGAUGAAAGUGACGGCUGUGGCGGCAAGUUCGUGGCCUUGAUCGUCUCUGACAAGUUCCAGGGGAAACCGCUUCUAGCCAGGCAUAGGCUAGUAAACUCAGUACUGCAAGAGGAACUGAAAACAAUUCACGCGUUCACUCUAAAGACACUAACGGUUGACCAAUGGAAAGCUCAAAACCAGUGAUAACAUUGUGUCUAAUUAUUACACAGAUGUUCUAGUCCGUUCGUUGUUUUAUUGACCUUCCCUGCUUAAUAUAAAUCAUUAAUAUGGGUUCCCUCUUGGAAAUCAAAGUCUCAGCUCCGGGUAAGGUGAUUUUGCAUGGAGAACAUUCUGUGAUGUUCGGAAAGUUCGCUAUUGCGGGCAGUCUUGGACUUAGAAGUUAUAUAUCCGUUAAGGAAGUACAGUCUUCUGUUGGAUCAUUUGUCAAUAUAGAUUUGCCAUCCGUGAAUCUCAAAAAUACCUUAUCCCUCGAUCAUAUUCAGAGUCAUUUAUUCAAACCAUCAAACAGUCAGUUAUUGUGGAAAAACCCCCAAACUCUAGACCACGAAAGCCACUUAAGCAAUGUUGAUAAAUGCCUUCAAUCAAUAAAUGUUAAUAUCAACGACAUGAACAGUGUUCAAUAUAAUGCGCUGCGUGGAAUGCUCUAUCUACUUUCUGGAAUUCUCGGCGACACAAAUUCCUUGAAUAAUAGCCUCGAUAUUUGCAUUCGUUCUGGGCUAACAGUGGGAGCAGGAACGGGAAGCUCAGCGUCAUUCGCAGUAUGUUUGGCGGGUGCUUUAAUACAGUUGCUGAAAUUGAAGAGUGGGAAAAGAUAUGAAGACUUUGAUACGGAAGACAAAAUAUUAAUAUCGGCAUGGGCUUACAAUUGUGAAAAGAUAAUGCACGGCUCACCGUCAGGUAUAGAUAAUUCAACGUGCGCACUUGGAUCGUUAGUUGGAUUCAGAAAAGGAGACGGACCAACUAUACCGUCUUUCCAGAUCAAUUUACGAAUACUCUUAGUAGAUACUAAAGUUAGUCGAGAGACUAAGAUUUUAGCCGCAAAAACAGCUUUGCUAAGAGAGCGCAAUCAGAAGGCCGUGGAUUGUAUUAUGGAUGCUUGUGAUCAUAUCGCGACCACUGCUUUUGAGAUUAUGGAAAAACUAGCUACGUGUGACCCAGAAGACUCUGAAACACACUACAACCAUCUAUCAGAGUUAUGGAACAUGAACCACUGUCUCCUAGCGUCUUUGGGCGUUUCCCAUCCAUCGUUAGAGGAUAUCAGAGCAUCGGCCACGAAACAUGGACUCGCUUGUAAGCUCACAGGAGCAGGGGGUGGAGGAUACGCAAUAGUAUUAAUACCGCCGACAACUAAACAGCCGACCGUCGAAGCCCUAAGCAACGAACUGAAGGACAAAGGGUACACAGUUAGCGACACACAACUCGGAGGCCCUGGCGUUCUUAUAGAAUACAUUAAUAGUUUAUAAAAAGUAUCUAUAAUUUACAACAUUUUAACUGACUACACAAUAUUGUAUGAACCUCAAUUUUUAUUUAUCAUUUAGUCCAAUAGUAAAUGAAACAAUUUUCCUACUUUUUGCGGGAAGUGUCUUUUACUUGCAACAUUAUUCGAAACAUUCCGUACCGCUUAUUACAUACAUACUUACAUACAUAUUAGUGCAUUGGUUUUACAUUUCAACUGUAAACGUAUUUGUGUCAUUCUAUCACACUCGAGUGCUACGACAUCGGCUAGAAUUAACAUGCAUAAUAAUUUCAGAAUAGUUUUAAUAUUAUAAGAGUAUUUACACUGGAUGCCGAGAUCGCCCAGUGGUUCGAACGCGUGAAUCUUAACCGAUGAUCGUGGGUUCAAACCCGGGCAAGAACCACUGAAUUUUCAUGUGCUUAAUUUGUGUUUAUAAUUCGUCUCUUGCUUGACGGUGAAGGAAAACAUCGUGAGGAAACCUGCAUGUGUCUAAUUUCAUUGAAAUCCUGCCACAUGUGUAUUCUACCAACCCACAUUGGAGCAGCGUGAUGGAAUAAGCUCCAAACCUUCUCCUCAAAAGGGAGAGGAGGCCUUAGCCCAGCAGUGGGACAUUAACAGGCUGUUACUGUUACUGUAUACUGGAUUAGCCGUGUACAAGGGCUUGGAAUGUCAACACGAUAUUUCAGAAUCUCAGUAACUUUAGCAAAACUCUAGUCUCUUAUUAAGAGAAGCUAUUGAAAAGGCCGUAAUAAAAAUUAGUGAGUUAUCAUCAGUAAUGUUUAUUAAGGACAUAAUAUUAUCUAAUGAUAAUCUAUUUGUAUUCUAUUAAUACCUAAAAGGCAGCUGUUAAUCGUGCCUGUGUAUCGUAAAAUAUCAGAAGAUUUUAAUUUUUAACUCAGUUUUAAUUUGUUAACUCUGGGUGCAGCCGUGUGUAUACCUAAUAGCUUAUUAUCUCAGUAAUUUAUUGUGAUUUCAUAUACAAGUGAAAAUAAAACACAAUAAUAGAUACGGAAUAAAAAUUUAAAAGGAUCAAAAUGUUUUAUUUCGAUUGGGUAGACUAGAGUUGUACUUGAUAUAGUGUUGACACAUACGCAUUCUUACGCACACAAGCUUAUAAAUGACAGAAAUUGACAAGCGACAAUUGGAAUUAAGUUUUUUUUUUAAUUUGUUUCAUGCUACAUGACAUUUUAUAACGUUUUUUAGUUAUCUAUAAACAAUUAAUUAAAAUAUAUAUUGAUGUAAUUAUAUAAGUUUAAAUAUAUGGAAGCAUUAAUUUUUAUUUACUAACUAGUUAGUCAGCAUUUAAUAAAUUUCAAAUCGAAAUUUUAAUAUUAUAAAAUAUAUUUUGCAUUUAUGUUAGUGGUGGUUAUUUCAUAUUCUGACAUCUGUUUUAAUUCCAAGAACUUUAAAGUCGCUUAUUCACGUAAUCGAUCGAUCUUGAAUGACGUAGUUUUUGAUUCAAAUCAAUUGUUUUACGUAACACAUAAUACGUAUCGAUUAAGUGUAACUUGCAACUUUAACUUAAACGAAACAAGCAUAGUCAACGACAUGCCCGAUCGAGUUCGAUCGAAUAAGUGAUGAAGCACAUUAAUGAUAGAUAAAUAAAUGGUUUUUGAUACAAUUUUCAGGCAAUUUUAUGGAAAUGGAAAAUCGCGACUUUUCAAGCAUUUUAUUGUUGGUUUUAUGGUGAAUAUACAAUUCUUGAAAGUAUUUAGUAGUAUUUAGUAAGUAGAAGAUAUCGGGUACAUUG